AUGUUCAACUUUGGGCGCGACAAGGAGGUCGAGGACCGCCGUGAGGGCGAGGCCCAGAAUGCCUCGGCCACGGAUCUCGAGACGGUGGUCCAGCACAAGACCUUUAUGGAGGCCGCCAUGCCCGUAUUUGCCUGCGGCGCUGGUCUCUUCUCCGACGGCUACAUCAACAACGUCAUUGGCUCGGUCAACACCGUCCUCAAGCUGCAGUACGGCGACGUGUACAAGAACUCGCAAGCCGCCAAGUACGUCGCCGACAUCGCCUUUGCCGGUACCGUCGUCGGCCAGCUCAUCUUUGGCUUCACCUCGGACUACUGGUCGCGCAACAACUCGCUGCUGCUGUCGACCAUCAUCCUCAUCGUCUUCACGGCCCUCGCCACGGGCUCCUACUACAAGGGCGAGCCGGUCGGCAUGUUCAACAUGCUGACGGCGUGGCGCUUCUUUGUCGGCGUGGGCAUUGGCGGUGAAUACCCGGCUGGUAGUGUGGGUUGCGCAGAGUCGAGCGGAGAGCUCAAGAAGGGCACCCGUAACCGAUGGUUCAUCUUGUUCACCAACAGCAUGAUUGACCUUGGCUUCGUCUUUGGCGCAUUUGUUCCUUACGUCGUCGCCGCUGCGGCUCACAACGGACACUACAGCACGAUCUGGCGCGUCUCCCUCGGCAUCGGCGUCGUCUUCCCUCUCGUCCUGUUCGUCCUGCGUCUGCGCCUCAAGGAGCCCGAGGAGUUUGCCAAGGAGUCGAUGCGCCGCCAGACGCCAUACUGGCUGGUGCUCAAGUUCUAUUGGCCUCGCCUGCUCUGCGUCAGCCUCAUCUGGUUCCUCUACAACUUCAGCUCCUACGCCUUCGGCAUCUACUCGUCGUCCAUCCUCAGCGGCAUCUACGGCGACGACGCGCCGCUCACCACCGUCUUCGGCUGGAACACCGUCAUCAACAUCUUCUACCUCCCGGGCACCCUGAUCGGCGCCUUCGUCUCCGACUGGAUCGGUCCCAAGUACACCCUCAUCCUCGGCGUCUCCACGCAGGCCGUCGUCGGCUACAUCCUCGCGGGCGUGUACAACAAGAUCUCGACGCAGAUCGCCGCCUUCGCCAUCGUGUACGGCAUCUUCAUGUCCCUCGGCGAGCUUGGCCCCGGCAACAACAUUGGCCUCCUGGCGGCCAAGACGUGCGCGACGGGCGUCCGCGGUCGGUACUACGGCAUCGCUGCCGCCGUGGGCAAGAUUGGCGCCUUUGUCGGCACCUGGGUCUUUCCGUAUAUCCAGAAGGCGGGCGGCAACGAGACGGAGUCGGCGCAGUAUCCGUUCUGGGUCGCGUCGAGUCUAGCGCUGCUGUCGGCGAUUAUUGCCUUCUUCUUCAUUCCCAAUAUCGGCCAGGAUACCAUCACCCAUGAGGAUAAGCGCUUCCGCGAUUACCUCGAGAGCCAGGGCUGGGAUACGGCCCAGCUGGGUUUCCACAAGGAUAACUCCAAUGUGGCGGAUUUUACUGAGACCGAUGUCGUGCCGGAAAAGGCCGUCAAGAACUAG